AUGAUGAGUACAUCUUCAUGUGUUGAAAAGAUAUUUAAUACAGCCUCUGGAGGGAGGAGGUCCAGCCCUAGAUUUGUAAAUAAAAGCCUCGAACUUGUUGAAAGGAAGUUGACAACUAGUAUAAUAAAAAGAAAUGAAAGGAAAAGACAAAGACUAGAUGAUGAAAAGGAAGAAUCUGAAGUGUCUAUUGUUCCUGCAAAAAAUGUGGCGAAUGGAAUUGAAGCAAGCAAGGGCAGUCCUGCUCAAAUUGCACCUGGGACGAAUGCUCAUUAUUUGGUGGUGAAAACAUUGAGAACUUUUAACAGACACUAUCUUCACUUUGUUCAGGUGUGUAUCCACAUGAAUAUACUAGCUCUUUGUUUGAGAAACUUGGAGGUCGUCAUUAAUUUAUUGGCGAUUCUUGUCUCUUGAUUGCUUCCAUAUCAUUUCAGAUUAGAACCUAUGGUUACUGUAGCCCUUUUACUUCAACUACUUGUCAUUUUUAGAUUUCUCAGAAAGCUUUCUAAUCAAUUGGGCCUUGUUCAAUACAACUGAGGGUAUGAUUGACAAGUUAGGACCCGGGAGUGGAAGUUGCUUUUCAGAACAAAAGGCUCAUCUUGAAUGGGGUUCAAUAACCAGCUUGCUUAGACUUUUCCAGAGAUUUUUUUGACGCAGUCAUUUUUUAACAUGCUCUCAUACAGCUGGCAAUCUGGUUCAUGCCUCCUGUGACAUAAAGGUGAAGGGUUUUUUACAGUUGGUAAUGGAUACAGUUUACUUCAAAUCAACGACUAUUUAAGACAUUUUCUUGUUCGGACUCAUGAUUAAACCACGAAUACAUGCUUGUGGUAAUCAUUGCUGUUUUUGAGAAGCAAAUGAGGUGAAAAACCUCAGGUUAUUAAAAAUUACCUCGUGAAUUAUAAAUUGCCAGUUUUAGAAAGUCAGUUGUCUAAAAUUUUAUGUUAGACCUCGUCAUGGCAGGAUUUGUGACAAUUUGUUUUACAGGAAUGUUAACUAUGCCAAAGGAAAGUAUGAAUAAAACCCUGAAUUCUCCUGUCCGUGUCUUAUUUGAUUUAGUGUUUGAUGGAAAGCAAAACCCCUAUUUGAAAUAUUUUUAAAGCUGUUUAGGUAUCCAUUGAGUCAAAUGUCAGGAGAAAUAUUUUGGUAAACAUUGUAUUGGUGAGAGAGACCAGGUAAUCAUGGCAACCAAGAUGUGUGAAUUGGAAGUUUGAAGAGAUUCUUUUAGUAUUUGUCGUGCUUGAAAUUUACCAUCAUGUGAAUAUUUUCUUUUAAGUCGUAGUAAAGUAUGAAUACUUUAUUUUAUUCACUUUUCUGUAAAAAUCAAUAGUAGUGCACAUCCAGUAACUAUCAAAUAUAAGGGAAGUGACAUAUAAAUCUAUUUUGGGCAGCUUGGGGAAACCCUUUAUGCAACACCUAUAGUGUAAGCAAUGCUAAUUGUGCAAGGUACCAAAAAUGACUGAAUCUUACGAACUUAUUGCAAAUGCUGUGUAGGUUAUGCGGACUACACAAAAUUCCUCAAAUUACAGAAUUCUGCUAAACAAAAUGUUUCUCAUCUUAUUCGUCCGAUCCAUUUCUGAUAUACUGUUUGUGACAAUAUUCUUUUUUUUUGUAGAAACUGUUUUUCCAAAAGCUGUCUAGACAGAAAAAUUAAUAUUGUCAGUUACUUUCAAUGAAAACAGAAGGGUUAAAUGGUCAUAGCUCCCUGAGACAAAUAAUACUAUGGGCCACACUAUUUUAAAAUUUUCCUUACCUAGUGAAUAAUCCAUGUUGCCUGUCAUGAUGAUGCCAAUUUAUCUCCUUGAAUGAGUCACAGUCUAUUAAUUAUCUAGCCAUUAUGGCACAAAAUUACGUAAAGUCUGUAUAAUUCGUUGUGAUAUUCAUUUUAUUUGAAAGCUAUUCUUAGUUUUUUUAGCUGCUAAUUGAUUUAUAUAUAUUUAUACAUAUACUGGAAAUUAUUUAUACAUAUACUGGGAAUCUCAAUUCUCCUCUGCAUAUGAUAAGGGAAAUUAUUUUUGCUUUGGACCACACAAAAAAUUUGCUGUAAACUCUGUGUAGGGUUCUUUGAUUUUUCUUCUUUUGAUGCACGAUGGAAUCCUCAGAAUAUGAGACAUUUGGUGGUUAGCUCCUUGCAUCUUCUCUUUCAUAUGUCAAUCAAUUUGACGAUUCUUUAAAGUCAUGUUUCUCAAUUCAAGACUGGAUUUCGUAUAUUUCUGCUGCUGUUAUUGUUAUUACUAUAUUCGUUACUCCUUUAUCUUGGCAACUUUUAUUGUUACUGUUAGAUGGGGAGAUAUCUUCGUUGCUAUCUUUGUAAUGUUAUGCAGGAAGAAGAACAAAGGGUUCGGGGUAUACUUGUGAAUGCAUCAAUGUUGAAGGUAAGCUUGUCUUGCCAAACACAUUUUGUAAACGGGAGAAAAACUCUAAUGGUUUUUUCACACUGGGGAGGCAGAAAAACAAGAAUGCAUUCAGUUCAUCAAAAAAGGAUCUAGAACUUCAGAAUCCAACACAAUGUAACUUUUAUUUUUUUUAGAAUUAUUUUCACAGUUGACCAUUAGACUCAUGGAUUUAUAAUAGUUCAUUCACUGGUGAUCGAACAUCAAUGAUAUUACCCAAAGGUGUUGUAAAAUAGUCAGUAAUAAAUUUUUUUGCUUCAGCUUUUCAGUGCUCUCUUAAUUUUACCUACUAUUUUUCUGUGUCGGGUUUUGGGAAUAGUAUUGUACCAAUUUAUCAAAGGGAUAUUUAAUUAGUGAAAAUUUAUUGAUUUUUAUUGGUGUACAUAGUUUAAUGUGUGAGAGGGAACCAUUGAUAUGCAUGGUGGUGGUAAGAUAGAAAGUAGAAAACGGCCAUCAUGCUGUUAUCCUUUUCACUCUGAUUUUUGAAUUGCAGCUCUACCCUAUUUAAACUGGAUGUGUCUUUGGGAUUGGGUAGUUUCCAAACAUUAUUUACCCUCUUUUCUCAUUUUUCAUUCAAUGAUGAACAGUCUUUCUAAUGUGAAUGUAUAACUGAAAAACAAGUUCAAUAAUAGGUUUGUUGACCAUUUGAGUUUUAAUUCUGGAGUUACCUUCUCUGCUUUGUAGCUGUCUAUUUUUUAAUAACGUCCAAAGAAAAUAUCUAGAUUUACUCUAUAAAAGUUCUUCCAUUUUUUAGAAGAAUUAAAUUCUUUGUAAUCUUUGUUUAUUUUUCUUGGAUCAUUUUUAUGUAGAAGUCAGUGUUUCGAAAAACUUUCAUUGGUUUGGUAACUGUAGACCAUGUUUGAUGGUCCAAUAUGACUCAUCUUUUGUAUGGAAACUUAUACGUUAGUUUCCUUCUCUUUCCUUUGGCAAGGACAUCCCUAAAUUUUAUUUUUUAUAUGCUGUAUUCUAUGGCUUCAUUGUUUUUAGAAAAUCGUGUAAGUAUAAAAUGUAUUAAUGUAUUUAACUUGCAUUUCUUCUUUGUUUUGUAUCCUUGUAUACUAAACAAACGGAAAUAUUCAACAGUUUUAUCUUAACUCUAUCUUCUCAUUUCCCAGAAGAUCGUUGUAAACUUGAACCUUGAAUUUUCAGCUGUUAUUUACCUGGCUCUUACUAGCACAUAUAUGCUUCUUUUUUUUCACUAUUGGCUUGUAUAGGUUGAUGAAGGAGAAGACCAAAUCAAGAAGCGCGGGUCAAAACGACCGGAUCUCAAGGCAAUUUCUAAGGUCAGUAUGUAUAAUUAUUUGUUAUUGGAGAUUUAUUUUGUAUUCUACUUUUCACAUUCUGUUGGAAACCUCUAUGUUUAAAAGAAAAUUUAUUAUGUGCUUCUCAUGAGAAACAAGGUUUUUUUAUUGUAGAACAUGAUACUUUCUUUACAUAAGCCAAUGUAUUUGAUUGUCUUGUUUGAAUUCGUUGUCUUUAUCAUCAUGACAAUUUGUAGCUGCAUAGCUUUACUUUCGUUUUUAACCUCCUUGCUGCAGUUUUCUAGUCAGGAAGUGAACAAUUAACAAUCAAAAUCGCGCAUAUAUCAUACUAUUAUUAGAAAUUAUUUGGCUCGAAAUUCUUGACUUCAAAUAUUUAGUAGGUUCCCUCAAGGUAUCAUUUUUAUAUUACUAGUGAGUAGGUGUUGUAGCAUGAUUCGUGAAUUUUUUGUUGCUUUAUAAUGUUUUUAAAUUGUGGUGCGUUUAUCCUUUUGAAUCUCAUUUUAGCAUUUAAAAUAAUGAAUAUCAUUAGAAUAUGUUUGAACUUCGGUAUCCAACUUUUUUUGAGUCCUCUCUGGCAAUGUUGUCAGUAUUAAUUAUAUUCUUCAAAUGAAGGAAAACUCUUUGUUUAAUUUCCAUAAAUGAUGCUUACAAUAUAGGAUGUAUGCCACAUUUGAUGAGGAAUCAGAAAGCAUGAUCAAGCUAAUGGUUUUUAUGGCCUUGAUAUAAAUGCAAAUAUAUAAUAGUGUAUUGUUAACUUCAUUUCGUUUUAUGACAUAUAUUAAUAUGGUAUCAACUCAUAAAGUAAAGUAAUGUGCUGGAAUCAACUGGAAUGUGGGUUAUAGGGAGUUUAUUGGAAACCAUUCAAUAGAAAAUGAUGGCAGGCCUUUAAAAACGUCAAAGUUUUUGUGAGAACAGUGGUGCUAAAAAUGAACGAUAGGAUCACUAUGAAAAAGCACACACCACAAAAGAGACAUUUUUAUUUUGAUUUGGUCAAAUUUAAGCAUAUUCAGUUCACUCAUGUCUCCUCUCCCCAUGGAUAAUCUCACAAUGCUUCUCUCAUGCAGAUUAACUAUCGUAAGUUUAUUUUACGCAAUUGAGUUAAGUUUCUGUGGUGAACAGUGAUGCAAACCCUAGGAGAAUAUGCAGAGGAAAAACUCAACUCACACAUCAUAGAUGACUGUUAUAUACAAGUACCAUGGUCACAGAACUAGGAAAAUACCUAACAACUAGAAGACCAACAAACUAGUAAACGGUCCAACAAAGAACCGAACUCCUAAUUAUGCGUUCUUUCCCAGUUUCCAAAAGUACCUCCAACUUUCAAACCUUGCUUAAUCCAAGGGUUGUAAGAGCACAGUAAUAAGCAAGAGUAAAGCAUCACACUUUCUCCUGCGAUGUUGAGAUGGGUUGAAAAGUUUUAACUGCUCACAAAAUAGUGAAACUAUUAUGAAGCUUUGUGAGUUGAAAAAGCUUCUGGGUAAGUGAUUUUGAGAUAUGGAGGCUUGAAAAUCUCUCCUCUUUAUUAAGUUUUUAUUGAUGAAGAUCUUCCACAAAUUUUUCUUAAAUGUAUCUCCAACAAUUAUUAAUGGCUUGAUUUACAGGUUUUCCGAUUUUCAAUGUAGGCAUAAUAAUCAUUGGUUUCAAGUUUGUUGAUGUUGACCCCAGUCAGCGGUCACUUUUCAGCUUGUUUUUGUUCUUCAUUUGUGAUACUUUUGGGCUCUUGUGUUGACACUUACGUUGUUUGAGUUGACUUUUGUGUGUCCUGAUUUCUAUUUUCAUCUCAUGGGGUGAUACUGUUUUAGAGGAUCAAACUAUUUAUAUAGAUGUGAGUACUUUCAGUUCAAGAGUCACCACUUGAGUUUAUUUUCAAGUUUUUUCACAUAAAAUAAUUUUUGCACACAUUAGUUUCUAACUUUGGUCCAUCAUUGCUUGUCUUAUUGUCCUUUUUGGGUCGAAAACCUUCAUAUCUUUAUGUAAAAUUUAUCCAUAAAGUUAACAAAAAGUAGUGCGAAAUUUGAGGUUCUGUAACUCAUUGAGUUCUAAAAGCCUAUGGAGAGUGGAUUUGUGUACGACAUAGUUGGCGCAAAACCUCCUCUCUUGCUCAGUCCUGCCAUGUCUGUUGCAUGCUCAGCACCAAAACCGUCCAAGUAAGCAUAGAUGAGGUUGUCUCCUGCCCAACAAAGUAGAAGAGCCUGCACUCUUCAAUCACUUCAUCUGUCAUCAACCUAGAUUUUUCUUGAUUUCCUUAUUCUCGUGGUAACUUUGAUUGAAUUUGAGGAGCAAGCCCAGAAAGUCAUCAUUUCUGACUGUCCCCAGUUGCAUGGCCUCUCUCUGUCAUAAUGUUCUUGAGGAUGCCUUUCAGAUUGCUAUUGAUGGCUCUAAAUCUCUGAAAUUUGCAACCUUUGUUCUCAAAAUAAUGGCUAUUUCUUCAAACUCAGAUUGUUCUCUUUGUCAUUUGUUAAAAAGCGCAAACAAUCUUCUAUAUGUGGGGGACAUUUUGCCUCUAAAAAGACUGCUGCAAUUUUUUUUCAAAGUGGCUGCUAUUGGCCAACUAUUUUUCGAGAUGCUUAUAAUUUCUGCAGGUCAUGCUGCAAUCCCACUCAUACUAAUUUGUACAACAUGUCAAGAGAGAUGCAAUGCCACUCCUACUAACUAUAGAGGUAGAAUUUUGUUGGUGCCCUUGUCCUCGGUGGCCGCCGGUCUUCGCGACAGCCCUCCUCUGCCACCACCCCUCACCAAUGCCUCCUCCACUUCUGCUCCUCUCCAGGCCACUGCACCGCGGCCAGCUGCUCCUCCAGGCCGUCAUGCCAGAAGUCACUAACAAAGAAACCAUAAAGACAGUUAUUUAAUCAAAAAUCAUUCAGAAAAUUUACUCCUUGAAUAAUGUUGUUAUCUCUUACAAGCUAUAUCUAUUCAAAGUUUAUACUAGUUUAGUUGAUUAAAAGAUAACGAUCCAGAUUAUUAUAUCUAGGGCAAAGUGUAAACUAACUACUUUUCAUUUUUUGAAAGUGGAUGGUACCACUAUCAUUUAAGAAAGAAAAUAAAGGGAGGGAAGUGCAGAUGUUCUGUGAGCUCUUAAAAAAAACCUAUACGAGGUAGGAUUGCAUCUCAAGGAGCUUCAUCCUCAUGUAUGUGUAGCAAAAAAAGGUUCUUUAUUACAUUUGGAACACUAUAAAAGGAUCGCAACAGAUCUCUAAGUGGAUCACCCUGUUUUUUAUGAUAGCUCAUUUGUCGAUUAACUAGAGAUGAUUGUUGCAAUGAAUUCAUGAUCUUUUUCUCUAUAUAAUCCUUCAUCAAUUGGGAUAGAUUUAUGUAUGACAUAGUUGAUAGAUGGGAGUCAACUUUAGAGUAAAUUGGAGUUAAUGUGAGAUUGAUUGGAGGCAUAGGCUUGUUAGUGAGGUGAAUUAAAACUCCUCAAGUGAUUAGUAAGUUGAAACUUGUUGGUUGUAAAAGUUUUUUAAAAUGGUUAGUGGACUGGAGUCUAUUAGCAAAUGAAAUAGAGUCCAUUACAUAAUAUUGCUUUUGAUUAGUCAAUGAAAAAGUUGGUUUGAGCCCAUUUAUUCAUGGUACUUUAAGACCAUUAAUUAGAAUGUGGGUUUGAGCCAUGAGUUAAAGGUUCGUUAGAGCUCAUUAAGUGGGGAGGUGUUUGUGCCAAUUGGUAAAUGGGCUGUUGCCCAUGUGGAUGAUGGAGAUCUAUCUAUGGCCAUGGAACUUUGGCCCUUAUUAGCCCUUUUUAAAAUAGAAGUCUUAAUGUAUAAGUCUCCAUUAGAAAAUAUGCCUUCUCUUUAGGCUAGAACUCAUGCCCUUAUAUGCCCUUAUAAGCAAUUACCUUAUUUACUAAGGAGUUGAAGAUGAGUUUUUGUUGUUGGUUAUUCAACUUUAUCAUUUAAAUGGCAUUAGUAAAAGAAAAAUAUUUUAAUUUCUACCUGAGCACUGCAGCAGUCAUUGUUUAUUAUUUCUCAGUUUGAAUAAGAUGCUAGCAAAUAGAAAUUAUUGUUUGUUGUAUUUAAGUCCUACUUUGGUACUGAUUAAAUAGUAAUUAGAGGAUGAAUUGAUUUUGUCAAAAGUUCUAUCCAUUAAUGGAUACUAGGGAUAAUGUUUGAUCAUUUGUACUUGUUUUAGUUUGUGCAUCUGAGAAUUCUUUUUUAUUGUUUUUCAUUUGCAUUGUCAACCUCUUGUAAAGUAUCUUUACCUUGGGUGUUGAGGCAUUGUAAACAGUGAAAAUAUUGUAAAUAAAAUCCUCUAGUGUGCUCACUCUUUGCAUUGAUCUUCAUAUCAAACAUGUCGUUGACUUUCUGUUUUUCCCCUUUGAUGUUGAAGUAUGUAAUUUUUUUCCAGACUAAGAUUUGUUAUUUUUUCAAAUUGUCAUUAACUUUGAUUUGAUCAGUGUUUCCUGAAUGCAAUGGCCAUUGAAAUAUUUUCAUUAAUUUCUGACAGAUGCUUGAGGAUCAAGCUGUUCUUUACCCAAAAAAACGAAUCGGCCAUCUUCCAGGUAUUUGUUGCAUGUUCUUUGUUUUCUUUUUAACUACCAGUCUCAUGAAAAUUUUAUACAAUCUUGGUUACAACUUUUGUGUUUAGAGACAUCUGGUUGUGUGAUUAUCAAUAGAUGCAUCUUUUCAAUAGGUUGAACAUGAACUAUCUGCAUUGAAAAAUGGUAAGAGGAAUAACAUCUGCUGAAUUCUUAGGUCAAUUUAAACAGGUCAGAAUCAGCUAUGGCCUGUCUGAUGGAUGGAAAAUCCAAUCACCUUUGAAAAGAAAAGGGAAGUAGAUCACUGGUGAUCAGUGAAUCUCAGGAAAGGCAUUGCUUGGCCUUUUAAAACAUGAAAAAAAGGAGACCGUAUUUUUGUCUGGAUUGAGACUAAUAGCCUUCUUGAACAGAAAAAAACAGAGAAAAAGUCAUCAUUCCACGGAUUUGUGAAGUUAUCAUCUCAGUAUGGCUUCUCCUUAUCAUCUACAAAGCUGCAUUGAAGGCUACAUCGUUCAUGAGCUGACCUUAACUUGAUUUCCAAAGGAGGGGACGAAGCCCUGGUUUCGUGUUCCUAGAACGUAGCUGGAGAAAGGAGAAGUCCUGUUUCCUGAUGUUCGGUAGCGAAAUUUGGAAGUAAUAAUGGUCAUGAAAGGAAAUUCUAGAAGCACUGUUAUUAUCACUUGGCGCUUGAAAAAUUCUAGAAGAAGAAAACUACAAGCCACUUAAAAAUGACAGAAUGAAGGCUGACAGGACUCUGUGCUGACCCUUACAUGUUGAUCUUAUAGUUGGAGGAUACAGUUUACAUGAAGCCAGAGGUUUCACAAUAGCUGACAGGAUUGGAAGCGUUGUCAGCUAUUUGAGGCAUAAGAAGCUGCUACGAAAGAGGAUACUUGAGACCAGAAGAAAGGGGUGAUGAAAGGAGUCCUGCACCAGCAAGACUUGUAGUUUCACUCUUACUGGUUAGUGGCAAAAGCUCUUCAGUUCACGAUGUCAGGAAGCAAAGAUAUUGGUUGUCUGGUGCUACAGCCUCAUAUCACCGUAGGAGAAACAACAAAGGAAGAGAGGAUUGACAACCAAUGCUGAAAAAGGAAAAGAGAAGGCUCCGAUGAGAUAAGGAAAUGGCUGGGAAGACAUCUUUCUAUUUGUUGAAACCAUGAGGUUAAAUAAUAUGGCAAUUUUCUGACUAAUCUUUUUGCGAUCGAAGGGAUUGGACAAUUGACAUUGAUGUCUGUGGAAAAGAAUGAAAUCUCAUAGACAUGCAAAUCUUCCAUUGUACCGUUGGGCCUCUAAAAGAUGGGCUCUAAUGUCCACAAAAUGGCAUGUACAUAACAAAGACGAGGAAUAGAAAAGAAACUUAACAACAAGACGAGGAAGGAAGGAUGUAGGGAAAGAUUGUCUAGCAGAAAAACAUUUCUCUCCUUCAUGAGUCGUAUGCAUGCAGAUAACUGUUUGAGGGCUGUCACCAUAGGGGAAGUCCUCUUGUAAAAGUCAAAUCGAAAAACCUUAUUAUGACUUUGAGUUCUAUGGGUAAAAUAAAAAGUGUUACUGAAUGGACCCUGACCUAUUGUCAAAUAUCUCUCAGCUUAUUACUAUGCAGACCCAAUCUGAUGUCAAAUAUGCUCUGACACUAGAUCAUGUGUGCUCCAAACGAACGUCAAAUGACCCAGGACAAUGUUGUAAGGGUUAAACUGUGUUCUUCAGCUAACUCAAAUCCACCUCUAGAUUAUGUACCAUCUGGAUUUAUGUUUCCUAUUUGACCUAAAAUUAAUCUUCUUUAUUUCUUUCUUUCAGCAAGGUUAUUUUGAAAUAUGCUUGACAGUUUGAAGUUUCAUGAGUAGUGAAAAAAAUAUAAAUGCUACGAAUUUUUAAUUAUAAUUAAACUUUUAUUAGAAGAAACCUUAUUAAUCAAUCGGUAAUGAUAAAAUUUAUAAAAGAGAUGCAAAAUAAUUAAAUAUUUGGAAAUGAUUAGAAAUACUGUAUAAAAUAAAAAAAGAAACAAGAACACAUUCAAUACCUUCAAAAGAUUUCAAAGAAAAUUAAAGUACUUCUCAAAAAUAUUAUUAGUUCCAAAAACGCAACAACCUUGGGAAUCUGACUUCUAAAAGUAAAAUGAUGUCUAAAGCAAUCUUAAUGGUCAUGUUUAUAGCAUUUUUGAGGUAUCACUCAGAAACAAUUAAUGGAAGUUACUGCUUUGUGAAAAUGAUAUAAAUUCAUAGUGUGUUUGAGAGAGGUUUCAAAUUUAAAUGAGUCCAGUCUAUCAUUGAACCCAAUAAAUUUAUACCAACACAAUUGUUCAGUAAGAGAGGCCUAAAUAAAUAAAUCAAAGUGUGGAAAUUUCAUCAAAGACCCUCGUAUGUCUCAGAGAGAUCCAGGAACAUUAAACAAACGAAAGAAGGAACGGACAUUUAUGGCCAAUGGAAGAUAAAUAGGAGGAAAUGGGAUGCGUUUAAAAUGACCGAUGAAGAAGAAAUGGGACAUGGUUAAUAGAUAGGGCGAAAGAGUAUUAAAAGAAAGGGGAACACAAAAUAUCUCUGCUAUGUCGAUAUCCACUGCUCUCAUUUUGCCACAUGCCACUCAUGGCCAAUGGCAAUUGCUACCACUUGUCUUCUUUUGCUGUUAAGAUCAUAAUGGAUACUGGAAUGAACAGGGACAAUAUAUAGGAUUGGUUAGUCUAUUCUGUGGAGGGAAAUCCAAUUCCCUCUUAAAGGAUUUUAAACGGUUUCCAAACUGCACAGAUUGGCCAAUUUCAUGGAAAAUCUGACUAAAUCCUACUUGGAUAGGCGGAUUUACAGCAGCAAGGGUACUGAUGUCAGCUUGUUGAUGGAGGACAUGAAAGAAGGAUGAAGCAGAAAAUAGAUAAAGGGAAAAAAAUUGAUUUGGAAACACUGAUUGUUGUUGGCUACUCCUGGCCAUUCUGCUUCCUCUUUCGACCAUGCUCUCACCUUCGACCCAUGCCCCUAUGGGAGAGACGAUCUAUCUGGUUCCAGAAUUUGUUGAAAUAAUCUGCAUUAAUCGUUUGUUAUAUAUCGUUACGUUCUGUGUUAUGUUCUAUGGACAGGUAUUGAUGUUGGACACCACUUUUUCUCAAGGGCUGAAAUGGUUGCUUUGGGUCUGCAUAGCCAUUGGCUAAACGGCAUUGAUUACAUGGGAGUGCCCUACGGUAAAAUGGUAAAAUUCAUUUAUUAUUUCUUUUUUCCAAAUCAGCAUUAUUAGAACUGGAUUCAUUCUUCUGGUGUGCUGUAUUAUGAGAUAAGAUGCCACCUUCACAUCAGCCAAUUUGUGAUUUAGACUUGUUAUCAUUGAAGCAGAUAAUUUAUGAUUCUUAACCCUAAAUAAAUUUCUUAUCAUAUUAGGGUCCUUUUUUGAAUAGGAAACUCUCUACACUGAUGACUUGAAAGGUACCUGCUUGAAAGUUGUCUUUUUAUUUUAUUUAUGUCUGUAAUAAAUCAGAACUCUGCAAAUAUUUCUUACAUUUGACCUGAUGACCAGCCUCAUUGUUUAUCAGAACUGCAAUCUUUUUCUUGUUGCACGCAGCCUUGUCUCAUUUUGCUAAAGCAUAGAGUCUGAGCUUUAUGACUUAUGACUUAGCCUGCCUUAAUGUCUUACACAAAAGUUCUGAAAAAUGGAAGGUGCAAAGUAAUUUUGUGAUCAUUUUACAUUUCCUGUUUGAGCAAUGAUAUCCUGGUAAUGCCCUUGAUAUGAGAACAUUGAUGUUACCUAGAGAGGUUGCAAAGUGAUCACAACUGAGAUGUCUCCUUUGUAAGAUCCUCUACGUCAAAAUCUAUUUUUUAUUAGAGUUAUCAAAAUGUUUAAGUGACGAUUUUUUCUUAGUUAUAUCAUCUUAACAGGGUUUUCUAGUCUUUGGUCAAGGGUAGUUUUGUCUUUUGCCUUAUCAGGUCAUAUUUUUAAUGAUAGAUAUUUUCCUCAAUAAUAAACUCUAAUGGCGCUAUGAUGGGCCAAAGUUAGCAAACCGUUAUUUGUGUUCCGCCUUUGGGCCCCUUACAUUAUGCAUGUGCACGCUAUGCAACCAAUGUUGCAUUUGGUCCUAUAUGCAGCAUUGCCUGUACCUCUGUAUUUCCAAUGCAAGUGGUGUGCAUCACUAUUGCCAAUGCGUGUUGUACACCCUUCAUUAUCGCAAUACAUGGUGUUUCAGGCAUGGCAUUUUCAUCCUUAAUGAGCUGUAUGCUUGUAUGCAAUAUAAUCUGCGCACCACAGAACCUUGUAGUUGUGCAUUAGGUCAAAUAUUACAUAUCUCAUAUUAUACAUCUACUUUUUGCUAUGCCUUUAUUCUCAUGUGUGGUACCUAUUAACUACUUUGAUGGAUUAAAAGACAUGUGAGUAAGAUUUUUUUCUGCAUGAAAGAAUAAUCUCUUGUUGAAGGUCAGAAAAGACAAGUAAGAAGCUUCAGAAAAAAACUUUUGGAAGUCUUGCAGUUUUUAACAUUGAGUUUGAAUAACUGAGAGGGCAAUGUUCCAACCUUGAUCAUAUCCUCUUGACUAAAGAUGUAUUUUAUUGGGUCUUAAGUGCUAAGAGAUGAACAAUUAUGAGCAGCAUCCCAGGAAUGCUCUUUCUAAAGUGGUAAAGCAUUUGGUAUUUCCAAGCAUAACUAGUGAUAAAAAAAAACCUAGAAAUCAAGUGGAAGGGAGUAUAUGCGUUGUGGAAGGCCAAAUCAUGUGUGGAAAAAAUGUUUGGAACACCAUCUAGAGAAGAAACGACUAAAAUUAGUGUAGGACAGAAUAGGCUGCAAGUGCAUAGCCUUGCCAAGGCUGCACUUAUUCCUUAUCUAGUAAUCGAUGUCUCAUUUGAGGGCACCUCUGAUUGUACUCAUUCCAUAGGAUCUCUACUUUGAGAUGCUAUUAAUUACAACUGAUUCUACAGGAACGUAAGAAAGAUUGAAAUUUGAGAUUGAGGUGUUGUCUUUGACUUUGGGGCCUCAUAUUUCAUGAUGUGUUCUUUCAUAUCUGUUAUUUCAUGUAGUAUUUUCAGCUCAAGACUUGACGAAUAGAGUAGAUUGAACUUGAGCCUUGGGCAUGAAGAAAUGGUCCAUCAAGCUAAAUGAUUACCUGGUCUUAUUUGCUACAUAUUUUUAUUCCAUCCUGGCAACUUUACUUUCAUUAAGUCAUAUCCUGUAGCUACCAACUCUGAUCAUUUUGUUUUUCACAACCUGGAAACUAAUCAAACAGUUAAGGGCAGUCUUUUAAGUGUGUGGUUAUGAUAUUUUAAACAUUGACAAAAGAUUGCCUUGUUCUUUUUUAACGUGGGUUGUUUUAUAUUCUAUUGCCCCAUCUUUUUGGUAGGCUGUCUGUCUUCUCCUUUUCUAUCAAAAUUGUCUCUCGUCUAUGUUACAAUCUUGGGACAUGUGGUUUGCCAGCCCACCAUGUUUUUGUUGCCUUCUGACUAAAUUUGGAUAUUCUUGAAAAAUAGGAUGACAAGACAAUGUUUCUUAAAUGAAAAGAUAUCCAGAUAAUGAUUCUCUUAGUUGAUGUUUGAUGAUAUGGCUAUUAUCAGGGUGAAUACUGAGGAUAUCGAUAAGUUGAAGAGCAAUUUAGCCAGGAUGUAUGGGAUCAAGGAUCUUCAUAUUUGUGUAUUUGUUGCGUGUUGAUGUUGUAAGGUUUGAAAAGGCCAUGAUUUUUUGCUUUAGGAAAUGUGGUCUUAUCUACUGCAAUAAACAAGGAAAGUGAGGCAUAGAAUAUUCACGAUAAGAAAGGAUGCUGUCUCCAUUUCCUGUCUUUACUUUAACUAAGAAAACAAAAAGUGAGGAUUUAGAGAGUUGCAGAAGAGAACAUUGCUAAUAUAUUGAAAUCAGGUCUUCUUAAAUCUGUUAUGAAACACACGCAUUUCCUCUAAUUCUCUGAAAAGGAAACUGCUAAUUCAAACCUCUUACCGAGAGGUUCAACUGGGAAAAAAAUUAUGCUUUCCAAAAUCAUCCUAAAUCCACUUUUUAGUCCUUUAGUAACUUAUUGCGGUCUUGGAGUGCAUGUCAUUGAGCUGAGAUUUGCUCUCAUAAUGGAGAUCCUUGUAAUCUUGUUAAUUUACAAUGUCUCUGAGAUUUAUCACUCUACUUCAAUUAUCUUAAGUUACCACUUUUCGUACAAGACAUUGCUCAAUUACUAGAAAGCCACAAAGUUUUUGGAAGAUCUACUUCUUGCUUAUAAAUAUAACUUGAAGCCAUUUCUGAUCGAUUUCCUUUUUUUUUAGGCAGAGUACAGUGAGUAUUCUUUUCCACUCGCCAUCUGCAUUGUGUUGUCAGGUAUGUAUGAAGAUGAUUUGGAUAAUUCCGAAGAUAUUAUCUACACCGGCCAAGGUGGGCAUGACUUGCUUGGAAAUAAGCGUCAAAUUAAGGAUCAGAAGAUGGAACGUGGCAACUUAGCUUUAAAGGUCAUUUUCUUCCAUUGUUUUCCCUUGUUCCAGAUCUAGCCCUUAUGUGUGAUGCUCACUUAUUGGCAUUGGCAAAUGUGUUUAACUUUUUGAGUCCUGACUGACACUUUCUGUGCUAUAAUCCUGUAUUUUUUUAAUUUGUGGUGUAAAGAAUGGAAGCAGGACUUUCGCAUUAAAAUAUUUGCCAUUUGAAAUCAGUCUUCAGGAACUUCCAAUCGAUUUUAGGAAUUUUUUUUUGUGUAUAUAAGACUGUUAAAUAUGUGGAUUGUUUAUCUACAUUUCUAUUGCUAGCCCAAUCUUCCUGUUGAACGAACUGAAAUGCAACUGUUAGAAAGUGGAUUUGGGGACUGGGUGGGGGCUCUACCCAACCAUGAUGAUGUAAUACUCUGCCCAUUAGUGAAUUCCCCUGAACAUCAGCAAGACACUGAAUAGUGCAGGCAAAACACUUUAAAUAUUAUUCUUUUUCGUUACUCACUUAUUAAUUAUGGUGAACAAAACACCAUAGAAGACCAUUCUGCCCAAUUGUAAUUUUCUUAUCGGCAUAAUUAAUAACUGAUUUCUUUAGCCUAAUGAAUAACUGACCUCAUGGUCUUGUUAAUGAUGACCUUUGUAUCUCUGGAGUUAUGAUAAAUGCAGCAUAUUUGACAACUGAAAUUAUGAAGGGACAAUAGCAGUUUAGUUCUGCAAAAGGCCACGAAUAUAUCUGUAGUUUGUAUUUUCUAUUGUCUCUCUGCAAAACAGCUAAAAUAAAACUGUUAUUGUUGCCUUUUUUAAAUGUCAAUUCUUUCAUCAGGGAACUCUCCUCUUGACCAAGUGUGUUGAUGUGUUAGUGAUGAGGUGACAAGUUAACACGAUCUUGUUAGUUUAUGCCAUGCAGAUUGGUUGAAAUUCCUAAAGAAAAAUGAUCAUUAUCGAUUAACUAUUAUAUGUAUGCUUGAAAUUGGUGAUUGUGGAUUUAUUCUUUGCUGGGAUGGUCCCACUGAGAAUUAUUAGAGAGAGCUGAUGAACAAAAAUAAUGAGGUUUCUGGAUUUAUUACACUGGAAAUAUGAUAUAUCUUACAUAUGUUUUCGAUGUUCUCACUUUCAAUUUUUGAUUGAUAUUCUUCUACUUCUUCCUCCUAUUGCUUUUUAACCUCCAUAUUUAUUUCAUCUAUAAAUUCGUAUGCUUUUUCAUAGUUGAUUUUAUAGCUGUUUACGUCGAUUUUAUUUUUUUGAACAGUAACAUGCACAUCUGCUACUUAAUUAUCCAUUUGUCGUCUUGCAGAAUAGCAUGUUGCAUGAUGUGCCUGUCAGAGUUGUUCGUGGCCAUGAAUCAGCAAGCAGCUACUGUGGCAAAGUUUACACCUAUGAUGGUUUGUAUAAGGUAGAAGUUGUACAAUAACAUAUUUUUGAACUCGGUUGAUUGAAAAUUUAUGUUUGCUUGAUUAUCCCAUCAAUGUUACAAUCUGGACUAUGUAUUGGACUUUUACCUUUCUAAAAUGGUUCAUUGAGCCACUGCUUCAUGUUCUAAGAAUGAGAAACCAAAAUGCAAGUUACAAUCUUCAAUAUUAUUAGUGCUGAUGUAAAAAAACCUAAAGAGUAGCAAGAAGAAUAAUUCUACUUUUAUUUCUAUCGGUUCCACAUGGAAUACCUGUCUGAUUAUACACGAGAUGAUGAAAAUGCUCCCAGUUAAAAUAAGUAAGUUUGGCCUUAACCUCUCUAAUGUGGUUUCACGUGAGGAAAAAGCUAUCCUGAUACCAUGUUUUGUUGCUAAUAGCACCAUACUUCAUCGCUGAACAUUUGAUUUACUUCUAAAAACUUUCCACCCAAUAGUUCUCUGCAAAACAAUGAGAAAUUUUGCGAAGUCCCAUAACUUUCGCUUGAUACUUUUUCCUGGCUUGUUAUGAUAUUCUACCAAUACUAAUCCAAAAAACUAUUUCCUUCUUACUCCACUUGUCCCCAAUAUUCCUAUGUUCUGUUUAUUCUCAAGGACACAACUUCUUCCCUCGGUCUAACAGGGUAAUGACGGAUGCUACUUAUAAACGUAUUGAGAGAUGAAGCGAACCAUCUAUAGCCUCCAGAGAGUGGCCAUUGGAGUAUUCGUACUUGUAUCAUAGAAUUGAUUCAGUUUGGAUAAUAAAUUCAAACCAACUACAACCUAUUAUCUUCAUUGGAUAAUAAACAGUUUGUGUUUAUGAGAAGCAUGAUGGUAUUUCAUGGAUGGAGGCUGUUUCUGUAAGUCUAUGCUUAUGGUCUUCAAUGAAGAAUUAUUUUCAUUCUCAAAACACAUGCAAUUUCACCCACAAGAUUUUUUUCGACUUCUUCUACCUCCUUCUCUUUUCCCACUUUUCUUUUUCUAACGAUAUCAUUAUUUCUUAGUUCUGAUGAUCUCUGCUUCCUUUCUUUAAUUUUUUUCCCCUCUUUUUUCUUCUCCUUUCUCUAUUUCCAGUUGAUUAGGUUACAAAAACUGAUGGGUUAAACAAGGAGAGCACUAUGCUAUAGAACUAUUCUGGUCACUAAGAAGCACAAGGUCAAGCUUCCAUUUCUUCUUCAAGUUUUCUGCGGCAAGUCUCCCCCUCAUUGAGAUUGACCAUACAUAAAUCGGUCUUUGAGCACAGAUCAGUUGAUUUUAGUUCGAGAUUAGGAAGGAGUUAGCAUAGUGCCUAUUACAUUAUUUCCUUAAUGGAAAAAAACUUUCUUGUAAGGGGAUCAAAUUCUAGUUUGACAUUGGAUCAAAUUUUCUGUUCAGAAUUGCAUUCAGUGGUCUGGUUGGAAACCAUCUGAAUUUUCCUACCGUGGUUUGGCAGGUUAAGAUGGAGUCAUGCAGUGCUUUUGUUGAUUUUUCUGUUUGAUUGUCGUCUUUAAAACAGGUGCACAAAUAUUGGGCUGAGAAAGGCGUCUCUGGAUUUACAGUCUUCAAGUAUCAACUUAAGCGACUGAAAGGGCAGCCUGCCCUUACUACUAACCAGGUUUCUUGUGGCAAUUAAUUCAUCUGGAUUUAUGUUUCGUUGUUUGUUAAUUAUUCUUGAUUCAAUGUUUCUUGAUUUAGAUUUCUUCCACUAUACUUGAUUUUAUGACCUAAAAAGGAAUGUUAGUUUAAACUGAUAACAUCAAAAGAUCAAAAAUAGAGAAAAUGUUGAGGUUAAACAUUGAUUGUCACAUAAUUGAUAUUAUAGGAAUAGUGUGCAUUGUGUUCAUUACAGAUCCAAGAAAAGGAUGGAAACGCUAGAGAAUCAAUUUUUUGUUAGAGCCCAGUUUUGAUCCAUAUUGAGAAUUGAUCUUGAUUGAGAUUCUUGCAACUUGGAGAUUGAAAGGAGUCAAUCUUCAUGAUCCUCCUCUUCUAGGAGCAGAGUUUCCGCAAUGCCAAAAUCUUAUAUCAAUUAUUUCGGUUUCCUGCUUAAGUACAGGUUACAUGAGUUAAUGGGCUAGGCCCAUUACACUAGUCUUUAAGUGGAUCUGUUAACAGUCUAAUAGAUCCACUUAACACAGGGCAUGACAUAGAAGGACGAAAAUACAGUGAAAAGAAACAGAUGGAAAGGAAAAACAAUCCUAGAGAGUUCAACACCCCUUCUCAAGUUGGGUAUGGAUGUUUUCCAUGCCCAACUUGGACACCAGCCUUUGAAAUACUGGUCUUGUGAGUCCUUUUGUGAAUAUGCCAGCAACAUGUUCUGAUGUCCCAACAUAUAUCAGAUCUACAUCUCUUGUUUCUACUUUUUCUUUGAUAAAAUGUCGAUCUACUUCAAUAUGUUUAGUCCUGUCAUGUUGUACAGGAUUUCGGGCAAUAGCUAUUGCUGACUUGUUGUCACAAAAUAAUUUCAUGUGUUUUGAUUGGUUGACUCUCAAUUCAUCCAGUAAACCUCGAAUCCAUAAGUCUUCACGUAUCCCUUGGGCCAACGCCCUGAAUUUUGCUUCAGCACCAGAUUGUGCAACUACUUGUUUCUUUUUGCUUCUCCAAGUCACAAGAUUUCCACAAACAAAUGUACAAUAACCUGAUGUUGAUCUGUGAUCUAUAACAGACCCUGCAUAAUUGGCAUUGGUAUAGCUUUCAACUGAUUGAUUCCCUCCUUUUUUGAACAGAAUGCCCUGUCCUGUUGUUGUCUUUAAAUAUUUCAACAGUCGAUAUGCUGUCUGUAGGUGUAUCUUUCUUGGAUCAUUUGUAUACUGACUGAGUACAUUCACUGCAAAUGUUAUAUCCGGACGGGUAUGAUUUAGAUAUAUCAACCUUUCAAUCAACCAUCGAUAUGAGCUUUUUUCCACCUGAUCAAAGUCUUUACCUUCUCCCAAACUUAGGUUGGGAUCAAUUGGAGUGUCAGCAGGUUUACACUCCAAUUUCCAGUCUUUUGAAGUAAAUCAAGAAUAUACUUGUGUUGUGAAAGAAAUACACCUUUUGAAUAUGCAACCUCAAUUCCCAAGAAAUAUUUUAAUCUUCCUAGAUAUUUGAUAUCAAAUUCUCUAGAUAGAUUUUGACCAAGGCAUUUAGUCUCUUGAAUGUCAUCUCCUGUUAUGAUGAUAUCAUCUGCAUACACAAUUAAGGCUGUAACCUUAUUUGGGUCACCACGCUUAAUAAAGAGAGUGUGAUCCCCAUUUGCUUUGUAUGUACCCAAAUCCUUUCAUAGCUUAAGUGAAUCUCCCAAACCAGGUUCAAGGUGAUUGUUUUAAGCCAUAUAGAGAUUUCUUCAAGCUGCAAAUAACAUUAUUUUGAUGGGUAAAUGUGUAACCUAGAGGUACAUUUACAUAUGCUUCUUCCUCCAAAUUUCUUUGAAGAAAUGCAUUCUUCACAUCAAACUGAUGCAUUUUCUAUCCUAGAUUUACAGCCAAUGCUAUAAGUUUCCGAAUGGUAUUCAGCUUUGUAACAGGAGCAAAUGUCUCAAAAUAAUUAAUUCGAUAAGAUUGUGAAUAGCCUUUAGCCACCAACCUUGUCUUGUAUCUUUCCAAUGUUCCAUCAGCUUUAAACUUAGGAGUAUAUACCCACUUGCUGCCAACCACCUUUUUUCCUGAAGGCAAAGUUACUAAGUCCAAUGUACAGUUCUUCUCUAGUGCAUCAAUCUCUUCAUCCAUGGCAUGACUCCAUUCUUUGUGUGACAGGGUUUCUUCUACUAUCUUGGGGAUAACAGUUGUCUUCAUGUUCAUGAGAAAAGUCUUGUACGAUGGUGUUAACCUAUCAUAUGAUAGGUAGUUGACUAUAGGAUAGAGUGGUUUAUUUAUACAACGUCUCUUUCCUUUGCAUAGAGCAAUGGGUCAAUCUAGUUGCUCCUCAUCAAUGGCUUCAGUGGACUGAUGAUCCUCUUCUUGAUCAGUAUUAUAAAUUUGAGAUGUGUCUCUUGUACAUGGACUACUUUCUUCUGUUGGUUCUCUUUACAGUGCAGGUAAAUCAUUCAUCUCAAUUGGUAUAUUUUGUGUCUCCACUCUAGAUCGUCUCCUAUACACUUGUAUUUCUCUGAUUCUAGGAAUGGGUGUCUCUUGGAUCAUGAAUUCAUUUAUGUCUCAUGGCUCCCCCAAUCUGGGUCUACCCACUCGACCGCAGCACCCCUCUAGGUUAGCUGCCAAGUGUUGGCUUGCCGGUGGGUGAAAUAUUUUUAUAUGUUAUUCUUUUAUAUUUUUAAAUAAUAAAAAAAUUACACUAAGUAAUUUAACUUCAGACUUCUAAAAGUAAUAAUAUAUCUUAUGUGACAAUCAAAAAGAAUAUUUCAAGACCAAUCUCAGUAUCAGUGGCAGCAAUCGAGUUCUUUAACUCUUGUGGAUUUUUCACCCUAUAAUAUGGUUCCAACUCAUUAAAAGUCACUAGCUGAGAUGAAGAAUUAUUUAGAAGCAAGAUUAUAAGACUUGUAACCCUUUUGUGUAGUUGAGCACCCGACAAAUAUGCAUUUUAUCGAUUUUGGAUCAAGUUUUCCCACUAUGCCUUAAGCAUGAACAUAAAUUGUGCAUCCAGAUACCCAUAGACGAAGAUGAGUCUUUAGUUUCACAUGAGGAUAGAAUUUACUCAACAGUUCCAUAGGACUCUGUUUCUCUAGUGUUUUUGUUGGAAUCCUAUUUAAUAAGAUGAGUACUAGUGAGAACAGCUUCACCCUAAUAUGUUUUUUCUUGAAACAAAAGAGCUCUAACUAUAUCUAGUAAGCGUCUAAUUUUUCUCUCAGCCACUGAAUUUUGUUGGGGUGUAUUGACACAAGAUGACUCAUAAUUAUCUUUUUCUGAUCAAAGUAAGAGGACACAGCAUAAUUGAAUUAGUCUCUAGCAUUAUUUAAUCUAAACCUUUUGACAACAGUUCCGAAUUGAUUAUAGAUCAUUUCACAAAAAGAUGUUAUCACUUGGGUGGUGUCUGAUUUUGAUUUUAGGAGGUAAACCCAAGUAAACCUGGUACAGUCAUCAACAAACAAGAUAAACCACCUGCAUCCAGACAAGCUAGUCAUAGGUGCUGGCCCCAAAUAUCACUGUGUAUAUGAUAUAAAGGGAUUGUACGAUGUUCACCAGCAUUUCCAAAUGAGGAACAUUUGUGUUUGGCCAAUUGGCAAGUGUCACACACUAAAGUUCUUACAUCAACACCUUCAAACCUAGAAGGAAACCAUGUUUUUAGGAGAUCAAAGGAAGGAUGUCUAACACGGCAGUGUUGUAACAAUAUACUAUUCUUUUUGUGUUCACUGACUUCACUCCAAGGUGACUACUGUACAUACAUCGUUGCAUGAUCAUCCUCUUCCCAGUAGAGCAAGUCUCCUCCCUUAACAUGUCCAAUCUUUAGUCCUGAGACCUUGACACACAAUAAAUAUCCAUUGCCCUCAAGAAUGAAACGACAAUUAAUAUCUUUAACAAGUUUUUGUGGUGAAAUCAAAUGAGGCUUUGAUUUAGGCACAUGUAAAACAUUUCAUAAAGUGCCUAAAUGAUUUAUUCUCAAGUCCCCAACUCUUCAACUGGUAGAAGCCCGCUGCCGGCAGUAAUAACUUUCCUCUGCCCAUCACAUUUCGUAUAAUCAAUAAAUUUGCAGACACUUGAGGUCAUAUGGUCUGUGAUGCCAGAGUCAAAGUAUCCAAGACAAUCUAGAAAAACUGUUGAAUGGAUAUGAUUUUGAGAAAAGUUUAUUCUCACCUGACUGAAUGCAAGGAUGUAGAGCUCAACAUAUUCUUGAGUUUCUCUACUUCCUCCCUCAGUCUUUCAAAUUCAUCACCCUUCUGCUGAUUACUAGGAUUGAGAGGUUCCUUCAUCGCAAAUUGACCUUCUAUAGUCUCUGCUGGUUGAGAAGUGGCCACAUAUGCUCUCCCCUGUUGAGGUGGUCGUCCAUGUAGCUUUCAGCAGUUUUCUCUUAUAUGCCACUUCUUCUUGCAAUAUGAACACCAAAGGUUUUCUUUGUUAUCCCACUUCUGAUAUCUUCCCUGUGAUGCGGUGAUUGGGUCUUGAUUUCCCUCUUUUAUCUCUAAUUGAUUCCCCUGAUCUUGCUUGCUGGAGACAAAGGGUAUUGACUCCUUCCCAAUAUUAAUUAGACUCAAUCUACUCUCCUCUUCCAUAACAAUCUGGAUAGCUUCAUUAAGAUCAUGUACAUUCUCACGAUGGAGAAUUUGACCCUUGAGGCAUUCAUAAUCAGAGUUCAGUCCCAUUAGAAAUGUAUACAUUCUAUGUUUCAACGUAUACAUGCAUUCUCAUAACUAGGGUUAUUUACUUGCCAAUAAUGGUCAAUCUCCCUCCAUAUAGCCUUUAAUUCACACGAAUAUUCCACAAUUGAUUUACUUCCUUGCACUAAAUGUGUUGCCUUAGACACUAGGCCAUAAAUCCUUCAAUCAUUGUAUUUCUUUGAACAGCUGUUGUGAAUUUGAUCUUCACCGAGUGCAUGAAUAAGAAAUUCUCAUACAUCUCUGGUGUCAUUGUACUUAGCAGCCAUGUGUAGAUAAUAUCCUCUUGUGAUUUCCAUCCUCCAUAUUGGAUCCGAUAGCUUCAAUGAUUUUUCUGUAAGGUGGUCUAUUAAGCCUCUUCUAAGAAGUGUCAGAUCAACAAAUUGCUCCUAUUGAUGAAGAUUUAUCUCAUUGAAUCUAAUUUUCACUGGGAUAUUUGGGAGAGUAUGAUAUAGUCUCUCCCUUUUUCCAAUUAUCAUUGGAGAUGAUACGAGUUCCACAGAUUAUGAAUCCCCUGAAUGCAUUCUAAAAGUCUUUGUCCUUCAUACUUUUCAGAAUGCCUCAGUUCACUGCUUGCGGAAGGCUUCUUUCUUCCUUGAUGUUGCUCCAACAUAGAAACAAGAAAAACAAGAUUCAAGAAACAAGAAACGAGAAGUAUCUGAUCCUAUCAGAAUCAGCACCGCUCUGAUACCAUGUUGAGAAUUAAUCUUAAUUGAGAUUCUUGCAACUUGGAGAAUGCAAGGAGUUGAUCUUCACAAUCCUCCUCUUCUAGGAAGAUGAAUCAGUCACCACUUCUUCGAGCAGAGUUUCCAAAAUCCCAAAAUCUUACAUCAAUUAUCUUGGUUUCCCGCUUAAGUACAUGUUACAUGAGUUAAUGGGCCAAGCUCAUUACAUUAGUCUUUAGGUAGAUCUGUUAACAGUCUAAUGGUUCCACUUAACAUAGGGCAUGACAGAGAUGGACGAAAAUACAGUGUAAAGAAACAGAUAGAAAGGAAAACAAUCCUAGAAAGUUCAACACAUGAAUUACAAUUCCUGGUCUUUUUUUCUUGCGUUGUUGUUUUGGCGACUAGCACAAGCUGGGUGUUGGUGUAUGGCUUAGACCCUGAAGUUUGGUGCAUUAAUGAUAGCAAUGUUGUCUUAAAGAUUCUAAUGGAAAUAAUGAUUCGACAGGUACUGUGCUAUAUUAGCUUUAUCUGAAGUUAGUUUGAAGUAUUAUCACCUGUUAAAAGUGUCCACGUAUGUAAAUUCAAAAUAAAGCACCUCUAUCUUUGAGGCAAUAAUAGGACUUUAUUCCUACCUUUGAUGGCAACUGUCAGAACUAGCUUUAGAUCAUAUGGGUGAUAAUUUAUGAGGGGAAAAUUAUUUUCAAUGCUUCUGUGAAAAUGUCAUGGUUCAAUUCUUUUGUAAUCCUUUAUCUUGUUCUGUUGAUUGAUUACUUGAUGUUGAUAAACUUAGCUUUUAAAACUAAUUUUAUUAGGCUACAUUCUAGCCAUGAGCUGAAAUAUACUAUUAUCAAACAUGUGAGAUUUAAUCUAUUAUAGUGAUUUAUGUUAAGUAAUGUUUCCUUUCUUUUGUAUACAACUUUCUGUCAUUAAGAAUAUUUCUGCAAUGAAAGAGGUGCUCUAAGGCAACGAUCAAAGUGACCACUCACCCAAGAUUUUCAAGGUAUCUGUCUCUUGGAUUGCUCACUUGCUGCCUAAGGAAUUCCCAGCAAAUUAUCUGGUGUGAAAGUCCUUUGGGUAAGGUUGACAGAUCUAGACACUACAGUUCUUGGUGAAGAUGGAUCAUGCUUGGAAUUGCCCUACAUCUUUUUCAGUUACUAAGACAGAAAUAAUGCUUCAAAGGAAGCAUUUGUUUUGGGAACUUCCGUGCAAUUUGAGGUAAAGCGUGAAAGCAUUCUAGGAUUUCGGGGAGAUGGUGUAGGUUUAGCAAACUUCUAAAUUCAGUAUACUAUGCUAGGUUGUCCGAGAUAUUGGCAUAGCAAUGGAUUGUGGUUAUGAUAGUUGGAAAUGGCAAUUGGCACCUCAAUAACGUUUUGUAUAUUAUUAGCUCUCCAUAAAAAUCUUUUAAAUGUGUAAAUUGUCCCACAAUGUUUUUGGCUCCUUGAAACUGGGGAGUUUUGGGACUUGGGGGAAGCUGGUUUGUGGUGGCAUCUGUGGAAAUGGUAGGCCAUGUGAUAGGAUGGCGAGGUGAUUGAUGAGUAUACUUGAGUCAUUUGGACCAGUAGUUAGCAGUUGACCACAUUUAAACAUGGCCAACAUGUAAAUAAACAGAUCAAAAUGGAAGGACUAAUACGUAAGAGUUGUAACGGUUUUAAGAAGGUAUAAGAACCAUCAGAAGAUACAAGGAAUUUGCGUGGUGAUAGAAGUAAAAAGCCAAGAUAUGCUAGACUAUCGAAAGGCUGUGGUACCUUUCGUUAGGACUUUUAACACUUAAAGAAUGGUUUGUUGAGUUUUCAACAAAUCUUUUUCGCAAUGACAAAAUCCUAUCAAAAACAAUUGACAAGCAUUUUGCUUUUCUUUUGCUCAACCACUGUUGUCAUGAACAUCAUAUAUACAAAAGUUGUUGUAAUAUUUUAUAAAUACAUAAACGUUUGCAUUUGGUGUUUGGACCCACCCCCCUCAAGGUCAAUUGAGUAUUUUGUCAUCUCUUUGUGUCUUAUUUUAUAUUUGCUCUUUUUAUCAAGCAAUUGGAAUAAAGUUUUGUUCUAAAUGCUUGUGUGCUCUAAUGACUUCUAAUAUCUCUUCACUUUGCAUCCACAAAAGUUUUAAAGGAGUUGCAUAGCUGAGCUAAUAUACAUCUUUGUUCUUCACAUGAUAACUUUAGUAAUCUCUUUUUUGAAGUUGAUGGCACUAUAUGUAUUAAAAAUAAAAAGAAGAGGAAUAUGCAAGAGUUGGGAAAUUCAAAGGGCACUCACCUUUUACUUUUCUUGCAGUUUACAUGAAGAUUUCAUUAGAACAUUUUAAGGCAUUAAAACCUUGAAGGUACAUGUAUAAAAUCUUUCACCAUUGCAUAAUCAGUUAUUCCAUUUCCUCAGGAGUAUGAAAUGAUGACCAUGGCUGUGUGAAAGCUUUGAUGUUCAAACACUAGGUUGAUCAUGUGUCUAUAACCUCUUGAGGGAAAUCCUCCAUGCCAAAAUCUUCAUCUUAAAAUGAGUCAUGAAUUUUCUUAUUGUAAAAAAGGAAAACCCUAGGUUGUCUUGGGCUGAUGUAUGUGGGUGGAGAGGGAAAAUGAAAAAUGAGUUUCAUAUUAAGAGUUAACUGGGUUCUGGUAUUUAUACCAGACCCACAUUACAGAGAUGAACUGGGCCAAUGAAUUGAAUUAAUUUGAAGGAAAAAAUUACAAUGAAUAAGAAGUCAAAAGACAAUAACAAUAUAAUAAACAUCAGUUCCAACAUUCCUUCUCAAGAUGGUGAAUGAAAAACAAGUAAUUGAAAAACAGUACUAUUCAAGCCUUCGGUAAAUAUUUCUAAAACUUGAUCAUUUGUAGAGACAUGUGUAGUACAAAUCAUUUUGCUCUCUUGCUUCUCUUUGAUGAAGCAUACAAUCUCAAUGUAUUUGGUUUUAUUGUGUUGAAUUAGGUUGUAUGCACUGUUGUCUAUUGGUUUGUUGUCAGAGUAGAGUCUCAUUGAACCAUCCCUCUUGAUCGUCAACACUUCUAAAAUAAUCUUCACUCACAAUACUUCAUAUUUUUCUUGAGUCAUGGCUCAGAAUUCUACUUCUAGACCUUGGUACCAUAUUUUGCUACUUGUUUCUCCAUGUAACGACAUAAUUAGCAUCAAUAUAGACUUCAAGUAUCAGUCCUCGUUUUUCUUGAACAAAAUACUUUUUUCUGGUGUCCCUUCGGGAUGAUAUGGUACUUGGUGAAUUGUAUGCAGAUGUACUUAUUUUGAACUAUGCAUAAAUUGACUAAUCACACUCUAUAUAUGAUACGACUCAUGUUUUAAAUGAGAGAAAGAGAGGGGAGGGAGAGGGAUGAUGAUAGGAACACGUAAUAGAGAAGGCUCUUGCCAUAAUCAUGGAGUCUAGCACAUAUGUACCAGAUGGGCCGGCAUGACCUAGACAACUAGAUGGGCUGAUUGGCCUAGACAUAUGUACUCUAACAAUCCCCCUCAAGCUAAUGUAUAUAUCAUAUGCUCCUAGCUUGUUACAUAGAUAUUCAACCCAGUGAUCGUUUAGUGGCUUAGUGAACAUAUUAGCAAGUUGAUCUUUUGAUUUGACAUGUACAAUAGUGAUAACUGUGCCUGAAGCUUCUCUCUAACAAAAUGACAAUUAAGAGUGCAUUUCUUUAUAGUCACCUCUAUGAAGAGAUUAAUACUGAGCAACUGUCAUGGUUUGUUGCUCAAGGGGAGUUUGGUAUGGUAUACCAUCUGCAAAAGUUUCUUUAUGGUCUGGAGCGAUCUCUGCAAACUUGGUUUAUAUAAUCUGUUGGUUGUAUUUUGCCGAUUGUCUAUAUUGAUAAUGUCAUUAUCACGAGAUGAUCAUAAAGAUACUUCAUGGCUGAAGGAAUUCUUAGAUAUUUGUUGGGGAUUGAGCUUGAUUGAUCUAAGGAGGGUAUUGUGUUAGUUGAUGGAAGGAUUUCACCUGACCUCUAGUUGCAUCCUGCCUAUUUCUUUUGAUCACCUUCCAUAGUGGAGAGCAAAGAAACAUCAGUCGAAGCCUUAAAACUUCAUUCUCACGAAAAUAAUCUUUCAUUAGGGUUGGUAUUUAUACCAGCCUACUAAUACGGGGGAAAGAGAGAGAACCGGACUGGUUUAGACUGGGCCGGUUUGGUUCAUAAUUGUACGAAGAAAAAUAGCAAAAAGAAAAGAAAAAUUACACAGAUGAAAAACAGAAAACAGCCAAGUCAUAUUCCACCAUAUUGCAAACAGCUAGUGAAAGUAUGUCCUUGAUCUCCUUGAUGGAACAGAUGUCAAGUACAAAAUCAGCUUCCACUCACAUAAAUCUUAACUUGAAAUUAUCUUUUGAUGAGAGAGCCAUAUUAGAGGAUCCAAGGAGGUAUAAAUCUCUAGUUGGUAAAUUGAAUUAUUUGACCAUCUCCUGACUAGAUAUUCCUUUUGCUACAAGUGUGGUGAGUCAGUUUAUUGAACGACCACACACCAAGCAUGUAGAGGCUGUUAUUCAGAUAUUGAUAUAUCUUAAGAGAAAUCCAAACAAAUGACUUUGGAAAAGAAUAAUGGUCAUUUCACAGUCCUAGGUUCUUCACACAGAUUGAGCUGAGUCCGAUUUAGACAAAAGAUUUAUCAAGAGCUGUUGUUUCUUUCUUAGUGACGAUCUAGUUUCUCUCUGGUCUCACGAUUAAGUGCUGAAUCAGAAUACAGGUCAAUACCACAUACUACAUGUGACCUUAUAUGAAUCAAGAAUGUUAAAGAACUUGGCUUUCUUGAUCGAGGUCCUAUGGAGUUCAAAUCUGAUAAUUAGGCAACAGUCUAUGUCGCCUCUAAUCUAGUUUUCAUGAAAGGAUGAACUAUAUUGAAGUUGGUUGUCAUUUUGUCAGAGAGAAGCUUCAGGCACAACUUAUCACCAUUGUGCAUGCCAAAUCGAAUGAUUAACUUGCUAAUAUGUUCACCAAUUAUUUGAAUGACCAUUGUUAGCUGACAGCUCUGGGCUGUUCUCUCGCCUCCAAUCCACUGGAGGAAAGGAAGAAGCACGAACCAGUCAAAAAAACCAAGAAAAAAAUGCGACCUGAUUAUAAGAGAUCUGUCAACAAGGACCAGAAAAUAACCUUCACAUCAGCAAGGGGAUCGUUGACAUGGAACCAGAAAGGAACAAGAGAUACGCUGACAAGGAGGAUUGAUUCACGUGCACCGAAAAAAAUGAAGAAGUGGGAUAGAUUGAGAAGAGAUCAUUUUUCUUGUUGAUGGAACUGCUUCACAAUCGAUCAAAGCUCUGAUACAGUACCGUAGAAGGAGAAUACCCAAGGUUGUCUCAGCAUUGCAAACGUGGGUGGAGAGGGAAAACCAAAAAUGAGUCUUUCACACUGAGUAAACUUGGUCUAGUAUUUAUUACCAGACCCACAUUAUAGAGAUGGACUGGGUCAAUGAAUUGAACCGCCCAAACUAAUCUGAAAGACAAAAUUACAAUAAGCAUUAAUUAUCAAUUAGAUUAUCUGUUAUCUGGAAUUUCAUUUUAUCUUUAAAUUAUGAAUUGAAAAAGCGUUAAUCUUAUAUAUUCAUUCGUUCAUUCAUGGGACAUGAAUGGAACAAGUGUCUUCCAAGAAACAUUGUUUUUUUUUGUAUGAUAUUUAUUAUUUGCUUCUUUAAGCUUAGAGGUUCGUCGGUCGUAGAUUUUUCUGAUUGUUUCGUGCAUGAGAUCAAUUGAUUCAAGUGAAAUUAAAGUAAUGCUAUUCUAGUCACAAAACCAUCAAGUAAAUGUUGUAUCUUUCUUGCUUCUUAACUAUUUUUUAUUUUCUUCUGUUCAUUAUCCCAUAUUGAAUGACCCUAAAUCAACUUAUGUAUUGACUUGUUCUGCAUUCUCACUUCUUCCUAUUCUUGAAAGCACGACAUUUUCUGUAGUCUCACAUGUUGGUUGCAAUCUCAAUUCUUUUUUUAUUUUUCUUCGCUUUUUUACUUAAUGUAAUUUAUUUUCUGUUACUAUAAUCUUAAAAUAUUUCACGAAGUCGUUAUAGCUCUGAAUCCGGUGUUGUUCUCCAUAACCUGGUAUGCCUUUAAAUAUCUAUGCUGACUUUUACACUUGAUGUCAGGUGCCAUUUAUUAGGGCUCAAGUUCGACAGUCCAUUUCUAUGAUACGUGGGUAAUUUAUCUUGUCACUGAUGUUGUUAGAUUCCUGUGCAAUGUUGUGAUGUGAGAAUUGAUGCACUAACACAGCUUUAUUUGUUAUGUAAGAUUGGUCUGUGAAGACAUUUCAGGGGGCCAGGAAAAUUUUCCCAUACCUGCUACCAAUAUAGUUGAUGAUGCAUGUUUUCCACCCCCAGGCAAGUGCAGUAUCAAUUUAGGUUUUUUUCUUUAUAUAGUCAAGAUUCUCAGAACUGGAACCGCUACAACAAAAAUCAAUUAAAUACCUGAGAUACCAGGGUGAGAUAUGACAUCGUGAGGAAGUUGACUCAUAUAUGCUUAUAAAUGGUCAAUGAGAUCGUGCGAGUAAUAUGGAUUCUUGACGGUGAUGUUUGCUUUAAGAUUUUUAAAGUUGAAAAGGCUAUGGAAAGAGUGAUUGACUCAGCUAGGAAAGAGUGGGGGAGGCCUAUUAAUGGUUACAUUGCCACCUGUGGCUAAUAAGUUGAUGGUGGCGAACAGCCCAGAGCUGUCAGCUAACAAUGGUCUUUUAAUUCCAAUGAUUGGGGAAGUGGAGAAUUUCAUCAGGUUUCACUAAUUGGCUUCUGAAAUUCCUGCAUAGUAAGGGUGGAUGCCCUUCCUCCUAUUAACGUCUUAGCCAUUACUUGCUAGGAUUUCUUGUUUAAUGUCUUUCUGACAUCUCUUUUUGAUUACAUUGCAUUAUACAUAGGUUAUAGGUAUUCCAAAUCUAUCCAAGUGGCAAAAGGACUGAAGCUUCCACGUAAUGCUCAUGGCUGUAAAUGCAAAGGAGAUUGCAUCAAUCCUAGACUCUGUGCAUGUGCAAGGUUUAACGGCUUGGAUUUUCCCUACGUGAGGAGGAAUGGUGGCAGGUGAUUGCCAUGCCAUUUUAUCUUAAAUCAGUGAAUGCUUUGUCAAUUUUUAUGCUAAUGCUUCAACCUGGCUUUCAUUGCUUACUCUAAAGGUAGUUUUAAUUUUCAUUUUGUGCUCCUCAUAGAUAAGAUGUUUCCUUUUUCUGAAGACCUUGUUAAACUACGAUAUUCAAAAUUUGUCUACUGUUUUAUUCGCUGCAGUGUUGUAGGAGUGUAGAAAAUUAUAAAAUAAAAUUGGUUCUAAUUAAGCACAUAUAAUCAGAACGUUAUACUUCAAGCUGUUCCUUGCUUUGGUGUUUUCAUUUUAUUAUGCUUUCUCACUUCGACUUAUCUUAGAUACCCAUCUGUUUCAGCUAUGUAUUGACUAGCCCAAAGACUUCCGAAUCAUUUUGUUGUGCUAAUUUACUGCAGUCUGCCUUGUCUGUAGAGAUAGACGAACAUACUGCAUGACGUUCUUGUAGAAUAUCCUUGCCUCUAAGAUACUUUGGCGUACAGUCUGAACUUUAAUAUAGCUGAGUAUAGCUGAGUUGGAGGAAGUCUCAUGAGAUCCUUGGUAUGGUCAACUUUCUAGUGGAUGUAGGUAACCCCUAGACAGCCCUGAGGCAAGAGAAGACAGAAAUUGUUGGUUGAAGGAGCAUUUGCUGCUAGCAUUUUGGGUGUUUCUAUAGGUGUUUCUAUGGGUGUUUCUAUCUAUUUUCAACUGUUUGUUCUGGUUUUUUGUAUGUUGAUCUCCUUUCUGUGCUUCUUGUUUUUAUUAUUUCUUUUCUCUCUCUUUCCACCAUUAUCAUGUUUUUUUUUUUUAAAUAUUUUGGCGUGGAUGUUACUUGCAUCUUUUGAAGGUCUGUAAUAGCAUAAUUUCAUUUGUAAAAAGGUUGAAUAGCCAUUUAUGUCAAGCAAUCUUCCAUGUAUUCUCUGUCCGAAUUUCGGUAACUGCUUCACACCAAGGUGUUCCUCUGACUGUAAAAUAGCUACGAGAUCCUACUUUGCAUGACCCUUUUUCCGUAAUACGGCCAAAGUGUGAAAUCAUUAACUGUUUUUUAAGAAGUAGAAACCUCAGGUGUCAGGUUAGCAAGCUAUUUACCAUUUAUUAGGUUAAUGAUAUGAUAUUAUUUUCUCUUGUUACACCUGCAUAAUUAUAGCUUGAUAUGAUAUUAUUUACUGCUUUAUUGAUUAUUUUAUUAUUUUACCAACUAGACAUGCAUCACUUCUGGUUUGUUUACCUUCAUCAGGUUGAUCGAGGCUAAGGCAGUAGUUUUUGAAUGCGGCCCCAGUUGUAGUUGCCAGCCUGGUUGUGCCAAUCGGAUAUCUCAGCAGGGAUUGAAGUAUCAUCUCGAGGUCUUAUGCUUUUUGUUAUAUUAAAUUCUCUUUCCCAGUGGAUGAAGCACAUUUGCUUCAUGCUCGUGUUGAUCUGUAUAGUCACUCUGGACAGGUUUUCAGAACUCUGGACAAGGGAUGGGCAGUUAGAUCGUGGGACACCAUUCCUUCUGGUGCACCAGUCUGUGAGUACACAGGGAUAAUUAGAAGGACCGAUGACAUGGAGAACGUGUCCGAAAACAAUUUUAUAUUCGAAAUUGAUUGUCUGCAGACAAUGAAGGGUCUUGACGGAAGAGAGGUGAUUUAUAUUCGUGCUUUGAUAAUGUUGUGCAAGCCAUUUAAUUGCUUUUGUAUUUUGACAUUAAGGUUGGAAAGUUACUGGGAUGAAAUAACUUGUAUACCAUGGCAUCAUCAAACUAUUUUUGGAUUUCUAAAUCGUGAUGCACUGUGUAGGGAAUUCACACCGUGAUGAUGGUCAUCACAGGAAUUUGUAGCUGUUAGGAUUUCUAGGUCAUGUUACCUAAUGUAUGGGAAUUCACACCAUGAUGAUGAUCAUCACGGGAACUUGUUGCUUGAGGGUAUACUGGGAGAGAUCUUGCAGGGUUCUCUCCCUAUUUAAGGGGUGACAAACGUCAAUGAAAAAUAAGAUGGUUUCCGGCUCCUCCCCUCUGUCCUCUGAAACAGAGGAAAGUUACUCUUCACACCGUCCAUUUCCCUCCCUUCGUUUCAACAGCCUUGUAUACCAUGGCAUCAUCAAACUAAAAUCAGUCAUUUAUUCCUGAAAUGUAGAGCAAGGCUGGUAAAGUUUAAAGGUCUUUAUUAGGCCUUUGGACCAGCAGCAGCUCUGGCACCAGUGGGUGCCCAUUGAUCAUAUUGAGACAUUUAUCACCCACAAAGCAUUCUCAAUUUGCUGGAUCUCCACAAGAAAAAAGAGGGUUUAAAUCAUUGAUAUCCUUUAAAUUCUUAUUAGCCACCCACGAAAAUGACUCAAUCAAUGAGCGCAAGGGUGCAUUUCCAGUCCUUAAUUGCCAAGGAUCGGUAUAAUUUUGCGCUGUGUAUAAAAUUAAGGCAGCCUGUAGCUGUGGUACUCUGUUCUCUUGCCAUAGUCUGUUAUUCCACUGUUCCUUGCAUCCAUUUCACCUGUUAGGCGUAGCCAGUGUCUUCAGUGGCUCCCUAUUUAGCGCCACGCAUAGUUCCUUGGUCACUGCUAGUUUGAUCAGGGAAACCAUUGAAACAUAGUCUGCUAAUAAUGAUGCCUGUGGAUUCUAUCAGAAAAAAAAUCAUUGGGAACAAAAGCAGACUGGGAGAGCUCUCUAUUGGCCCAAAAUCAUAUAGAAAAAUUGUAACGGGGCACUUGUCUUUUUUGAAGCUGUUACCAAUAAUAUUACAAUAAGAAUGUAAGAGUGGAGAUAAUCCUCCUUUUGGGAUGGUCGUCUUGGAUUGGUGGCAGAUAUUCUGAGUUUCUCAAAUAAACUUUGCAUUUUCCUUUUUUAUGCAUUUAGUUUUCUUCCAGUUUCUUUGUCAGAAGUACCGUUUUUUUGUUGUGGUGUUUCUAGUACUUAAUGUACUAGGGUGUCUAUCUGAUUUCCAGAAACGGCCUGGAGAUGUCUCAUUUAUCAUGGACGUUGAUGAGAAGAAGCUAGAAAACCCAGAGUUCUGUAUAGAUGCUGGCUCCAUCGGCAAUGUUGCCAGGUUCAUCAACCACAGCUGCGAACCCAAUCUCUUUGUCCAGUGCAUCCUCAGCUGGCAUCAUGACAUCAGAUUAGCCAAGAUAAUGCUGUUUGCCGCGGACACGAUAUCCCCUUUACAGGUGAGCAUCCUCUUACAUCCUCUCUCUCUCAGCUGCACACCAGAGCAUGCUUCUGUGUGCCAUCCAUCUAUCAUUAAUCAGUUCUGAUACAGCUAUUUUUUUCCCAAAAUCAUGUUUGUGAGUGUUGCUUGAAAAGAUAAAGAAUGUGAUUCGUUCGCCCGCCCUGUGAGAACACACCUUGCUGUCUCUUUUUAGUUGGACAACAAUUACGCAUCUGUUGCUUCAUGCUAUGUAAUAUGGGCGUCUAGACCUUGCAUUUUUACAAAAACUGCUGCACUUUAUGUAUGCCAUGUUUCUAAAAUGAAAAAGCAGGCACCCAUUCUAAGGUAGGUAGCGUGACGACCGACGAUUGACCGCCUAAACAUUGUGAGAAAGUAAAGAGAAUAUGAGAUGUUUGUAUGACUAAUCAGAGGAGCUUCAAUCAAGGAAACAGAAGCCAUCAUUGUUCAGAUAUGAGGACCAGUGCUUUCAGCAUUGCUCGUGGACACGGGUGGGGCAGAUUAUCAUGCUUCUAAUGAAGCAGCACCAGCUUCAGAGAGCCGGAGUGCUGAUGCCAGUCGGUCGCUGCUGUGUACUUCGCUCUCGAUGUCGAAGUAUCAUGGCACAUGCCACAUCUCUCUAUCUUGUAAUCCGUCUCUGAUAAUUGCCGGCCCUCGUUGCAGGAGCUCACCUACGACUAUGGGUACGCCCUGGACAGCGUCGUGGGACCCGACGGGAGGAUAAAGCAGAUGGAGUGCCGCUGUGGGGCCGCAGAGUGCAGAGGGCGCCUGUACUAA